AUGUCAACAGAUCCGAGAUCUACCAGAUCAAAUGAGAUACUUAACGCUUUACUCGAUGAACCGAAGAAGCUCGGCAAAGAAAACAGCCAGCACAAGCCUACGCUGGAAGAUGAAGAACUGGAGAAGCUAAAAUCAACAGAUGCACUCUCUCACAACAAUCCUCUUUCCCUCCUAGCAAAUUUCUGGUUUCAUAUUGUUUUUUACUUCUGCAGACGAGGCCGUGAAAGACAACGAGAGCUGCAGAAAUCCAGCCACAAACUGGAAGUCGACGGGAGCGGGAGAAAUUACGUGACCAUGGCGUAUGAUGAAGUGUCUAAAAACCAUUCCGGUGGCCAGAAGCACGGAAAAUAUACACAAAUGUAUGAAAUGGACAGUCCAAACGAUGGCAAUAAAGCUGUGAAGCUCUAUCUUUCCAAACUCAACCCUAAAAGUUCUGCAUUUUUCCAGUAACCCAGCCGAAACUGGGCGCCUUCCGAUCCCGUGUCGUACGACAGCAAGGCGCACGGCAUCAAUAAUAUUGACAACAUGAUGAAAGAAAUUAGUCAAGCAGCUUAGCUGUCAAGAGUUUACACCAACCACUCGGUCUGUACCACAGCAAUCACCCUCUGGUCGAAUGCUGAAGUCUGUAACCGCCAUAUCAUGGCGAUUUCCGGCUAAUUACAAUUCACGUCCUUCAACCAUCAGCUUCUGCACUGCAGCGAAGUCCUUUCCAGCCGUAUCCAAGGGUCCAAGGCAUUAGUUUCGGUUCAGAAAUCGACCCACAGUGCUGCUAAGUCUGCUAAAGUCGUAGGAAACCAGCAUUUGAGGCCAAUG